AUGGCGAUGUUCCGCAGCCUGGUGGCCUCGGCUCAGCAGCGGCAGCCGCCGGGCGGGCCCGCGGGCGGCGACAGCGGCCUGGAGGCGCAGUACAGCUGCCCCAUCUGCCUGGAAGUCUACCAUCGGCCCCUGCCCUCAGGCCCAUGUCUGCCCUGCAGGUUCUGUGGGGAGUGCCUCCAGCCGUGUCUGCAGGUGCCAUCCCCCCUGUGCCCACUGUGCCGCCUGCCCUUCGACCCCAAGAAAGUGGACAAGGCCGCCCACGUAGAGAAGCAGCUUUCGUCCUACAAGGCACCCUGCCGGGGCUGCAGCAAGAAGGUGACACUGGCCAAGAUGAGGGCGCACGUUGCCUCCUGCGUGAAGGUCCAGGAGCAGAUGGCCAACUGUCCCAAGUUCGUCCCUGUGGUGCCCACGUCCCAGCCCAUCCCCAGCGCCGUCCCCAACAGGUCCACCUUCGCCUGCCCUUACUGUGGUGCCCGCAACCUGGACCAGCAGGAGUUGGUAAAGCACUGCGUGGACAGCCACCGCAGCGACCCCAGCCGCGUGGUGUGUCCCAUCUGCUCGGCCAUGCCCUGGGGCGACCCGAGCUACAAGAGCGCCAACUUCCUGCAGCACCUGCUCCACCGGCACAAGUUCUCCUACGACACCUUCGUGGACUACAGCAUCGACGAGGAGGCCGCCUUCCAGGCCGCCCUGGCCCUGUCUCUCUCCGAGAACUGA